CUCACUGAGUACUGAGUACUGGCAUCUCUGAGUCAGACCGUGACGAUGCAAGGGCGAGCAGGCUUCAGGGCCGUUCAGGCCCCGGAUCGGCGGACAACGCUGAGCGCGGAGCGAAGACUCAGACGGGGCAUGCAAUGCUGGUGACAGGUGUCAUAUCCGAGGAAAUACUGCACUUCAAUGGUCGUCAGGACGAAUGGUAGAUGGCGAGGGACGAGAAACCUCGACGCGCUCUAGCCUGAGGAAGUGAACGCGUCUACGUCACGGCAGCGCGUCUACAUCCUACCAAGCGCUCCCGGCCCAUACUACUACUGAUGUACUACUGCUGUGGUGGUCUAUACCACCGACGGCUGACAUGCGCCCACUGGAGCAUGUCCGACCCAUCGAUGGUACAGACUGCACAGGCAUCACAGGAUUUCUACCUACGAAGACAGGAGCGGAGGUGGGGGACGGUGACCCGAGACACAGACCCGAUAGCCUCCCGCAGCCUCUCGGCACAGGGGCGACGCCACACGCAGCCUCUCGGCGCGAGGGCGAGCGGACAGCAGCCUUUCGGCGCUGCCGCAACAAGAACCCAAACCCAAACCGGAAACCGAAACAGUACAUGGGCGAUGGUGCGUGGACAGAUGGAAGGGGAGGACAGGCGCGAUGAGUGGGUGGACAUAGGGGAGCCGAGCCGCAAACCACCAACCGAGACGGAACAAAGGCCACUCACCUUCAUCUGCAUGACAGACGCCUCGAGAGUCGAGCCCAGGGAAGGGACGAGAGGCGGAGGAAAUGGUGGUAGGAGGGGAAGGAGAGAUGACGGAACAGUCUCUGCUCGCACUGUCAGCCUCGCCGCCACCGCCGCGUCGGCGGCGCGUCCAACCGCGACGCGGUCACGUGGCACUGUAGUCAAGUCGCUCACGCGCUCACGAGUCAUCGAACCCGAAUAUUGCUGGUACUGCCUACAUAUGCGAGUCAGCAGCGAAAGGACUUUGCAAGUGGUAUGUUUGUUGCUAUCCUGGAUGUACCGUUUGUGUAUACGUACUUGAAGUCGAUGCCAGGUGAAACACUGAACGACCGCUGUGUGUACAGCCUUA